AUGUUUAUCCAACAUAACUCCAUUUAUACAAUAAAAGAACCAUUAAAAUGUGAAAUAUAUUCUGUGGAAAGAAUUGGUACAAAUAAUUUGGAUCGUGAUUUUUAUCAUAUAGAAAUUAAUCAUUUUGGUAAAUAUCAUUAUAUACCAGGACAAUAUUGUGGAGUUACAAUAAAGAAUCGUCAAUAUACACCAAGAUCAUAUUCAUUAUCACCAUCUGUUACUGGAAAUAAUAAUUUAUUUUCUAUAUGUAUUAGGGUUACAAAACCAUAUAAAGAUAAUGUUGGUAUUUGUUCUAAAUUCUUAUCUAAUUGUAAACAAGGUGAUAUUAUUAAUAUUACAGGACCUUUUGGUAAAGAAUUAAUAUUAUCAAAAGAAGAUGAAACUGUUAAUAAUUUAAUUCUUAUUGCUACUGGUACUGGUAUUUCACCUUUUCGAAGUUUCUUUAAACAUAUUUUAUCCAAUCAAAUCAAUCAACUGAAUACCCAAAAAUUGGAUAUGAGAAAUGAAUUGGAAAAUCAAUCCAAUGGAAUAAAUUUAGAAAAAAAUUUACAAAAAUUAAAUUCAGAAAAAAAAAUUUUAGAAAAUAAUUUUGAAGAAAAAAUUCCCAAUGGAAUAAAUUUGGAAAAUAAUUUUGAGGAAAAAAUUCCGAAUGGAUUGGAUAUAAAAAAUAAUCUCAAUGUAUUGAAUUGGAAACGUAAAAUUAUAUUAUUUUUUGGUAUACAAAAUAAUUCAACAUUUAUAUAUAAAAAUGAAUUAGAAAAUUAUCAAAAAUUAUUUGGUAAUUCUAUGAUCUUUAUACCUUGUUUUUCUAAUGAAUCAAAUAUACCAAAAUGUUAUGUACAAGUAUUACAAUCUAUCUAA